ACAUGCUGCUGCUGCAGUCGUGGGCGCUGCGCUCGCUCAAGGCGCUCGACGGCGCGCCGCUGGUGUUCGUGUGCGUGGCGCUGCUGGCCGCGGCCCUGCUGCGCCGCCUGUCGCUGAUGCGGCGCCUGCCGCCCGGGCCCUGGGGGCUGCCGCUCGUCGGCUACCUGCCCUUCCUGCAGCCCGACGCGCACCUCCACUUCGGCAAGCUGGCGCGCCGCUACGGCCCCAUGUUCAGCACGCGCUGCGGCAACCAGCUGCUCGUCGUGCUCUCCGACCACCGCAUCAUCCGUGAGGCCUUCCGCCGCGAGGAGUUCACCGCCAGGCCGCACAACGAGUUCAGCAACAUCCUCGGCGGAUACGGUAUCAUCAACACGGACGGCAAACUGUGGAAGGACCAGCGGCGCUUCCUGCACGAGCGGCUUCGCCAAUUCGGCAUGAAGUACAUCGGAGCCGGCAAGGAGCACAUGGAGAGUCGCAUCAUGAAAGAGGUGGAGUCGGUGCUCCGGACGCUGUCCGACCUGAAGGGCGCGCCCACCGACCUCAACCCGGUGCUGGCCACAUCGGUGUCGAACGUGAUCUGCGAGCUCAUCAUGAGCGUGCGCUUCCAGCACGGCGACUCGCGCUUCCAGCGCUUCAUGGACCUGGUCGAGGAGGGCUUCCGGCUGUUCGGCGAGAUGGCGUGGAUCAACUUCGUGCCGGCGCUCAAGUGGCUGCCGAUGCCCGGCCUGUGGGCGGCCAAGCGCAAGCUGGACCUCAACCGGCGCGAGAUGGCCAACUUCUUCCAGCAGACGGUCGACAGCCACCGCGAGACGUUCGACCGGUCCAACAUCAGGGACCUGGUCGACACCUACCUGCUCGAGAUAGAGCACGCCAAGGAGGAGGAGCGCGACAAGUUGCUCUUCGAAGGCAAGGAUCAUGACCGCCAGAUGCAGCAGAUAAUCGGCGACCUGUUCUCGGCGGGCAUGGAGACAAUCAAGACGACGCUGCAGUGGGCGGUGGUGUUCAUGCUGCACCAGCCCGAGGUGGCGCGUGGCGUGCAGGAGGAGCUGGACCAGGUGGUGGGUCGGCGCCGCCUGCCGCGCCUCGAGGACCUGCCCUACCUCCCCUACACAGAGUCCACGCUGCUCGAGGUGCUGCGCCGCUCCAGCAUCGUCCCGCUCGGCACCACGCACGCCGCCACAAGAGACGUGUACCUGAACGGCUUCAUGAUCCCCAAAGACGCUCACGUGGUGCCGUUGCUGCACGCCGUGCACAUGGAUCCCACGCUCUGGGAAGACCCCGAGAAGUUCGAGCCGACGCGCUUCCUCAAUGCCGAGGGCAAAGUCACCAAGCCCGAGUUCUUCCUGCCGUUCGGAGUCGGGAGGCGCAUGUGCCUGGGCGACGUGCUGGCGCGCAUGGAGCUGUUCCUCUUCUUCUCGUCGCUGCUGCACGUCUUCGACCUGCGCUUGCCAGAGGGGCAGCCGCUGCCCAGCCUGAAGGGCAACACGGGCGCCACCGUCACGCCGGACUCCUACCAGGUGUGCCUUGUGGAGAGGCCCAUGGAGGAGGCGCUGGACUUCCUCUCCGCCGAGGACAGCGCGUGAGGCGGCCGCAAGUUCCUAGCGCACGGCGCUGCUGCUGUUGCCACGAUCCUGCCACGGCUGCUACUCGCAGCCUCCUCUGCUUCGAGAGCGUCCUCGCGUUGCGGCAGACGCUCUGGCUGUGCUGGUGUAGAACUGUGCCCGUGUGUGUUCUCUGUGUCACCGAGCAGCGGGACUCCACGCGCGACUGCUGCGCCGUUUUCGUAACUAGUCAUCUCCGAGACACCCACUGCCGGGCCGCCGCGCCACGGCGGCUGCUGCUCCUGACUCGCGUCCACAGUGUGCACCCAUUUCGCCACUCACUUGUCUGUGCGAACAGCUCUGAAGGAAACAGCCACUGAUCUCUUUGCCCAGUGACCUCUCCUCUGCUUACGUUACCCGAAUUCUGAGCGUUUGACAGCCGAGGGUGCAGUCAGUGAUCCCGCGAUCAUUGCUCUUUGUCGCCCAGGCCUCAAAGACUUCAUACCAGUUCAAAGUACAAAUUUCGUCAAGUAGAGGGGAUGUCAUUGUAUUAAGUCAAUUCUAGUACAAGCUUAAGUGUUCAGAGGAUGUUAAAAAUCCUUAACAGUAUUUCGUCUGUAGAUGGUUACCAGCCCGAAUUGUAACCCCCAACCGUUUUGUGUUAAUGAUUCUCCGUCUAAUGUUGCCUUUCGUAAGUUAUAGUUUUAAUUCUGAUCUCUACUUGUAAUUUGUGUCUCACAUCUGGAAGAUAUUCGCCAGGCACUGCUGUGGUAUCCCUGCUUAAUGGCUCUUCCGUUAAAUGGACACAUACAACCAAUUCACACUUUUUCAAAUCAAAGACCAAUGUUGAUCCAUAACAAUUGUAAUGAAGUCUCGGUGCUUUUGUAACAUAACACUGACUGUUCGCUUACACGUGUAACAGUACGAUGACCAUUUUGUCUUCCAAGAAGAGCAGAAAUAACAAUUCCAGACAUUCUGAGGCAAACUACAGAACAAGUCAUAUUAUUCAAUAUUUAAUUUUGAUACUGGAAUUUAGAUGUAAGUCGCAAGUACAAAGUGCUUUUAAUUCUUAAGCAGUAACCAUGUUAUUGACAUAUCUGCGCUCCAUAUCACAGGCUGGAAUUAAACUGUCCAGAGAGUUCCAUUCACUACGUCAUACACUUCACAUCAUUUCAUUACAGUCAAUACCAUUUUCUCAUAUCUGUACUUAUUUGUGUGUGACUUGUGGAAACCGUACCGCGCAGUAUUUUACCGACUAUGUCGAUAGCCUUCAAUGUUUGAAUGUGUGCAUGUGUGUAUUUAUGAGAGUUUAUUGAGAACAUACAUGUCUACUGUACAUAAUACUACAAAAUAGUGUAAGAGGCGUAUGUUAACGUCUAUAGAAUAUUUUUGUACGUGAAAGUGUAGCUCUUAGAGAGCAUUUUCCUCUUUUUAUAAGGAAAAGCAGAAAAUAGUUUCAUAAAGAAAUAAAACAACAUUUUAUCUUUA